UGUCAGCUGAUUUUAAUUUGCGUUGGACGCUCGUAUCGGGAGUGUGUUUUUGUUAAUUUUUAUUAGUUUUACAUUUUAGUAUCUACAUUUUAAUGAAAUUUUAUCUAACCACAAAGUGUAAACAAUCUCAUAGUGUGUUUGGUAUAAAAUUUGAUACGACAUUAGUGUUUUGAAUACUGUUUGUGUUAUGCGGUUUACUUUCAUUUUUUUACAAGGAAUUAUGAAGUAAACAAAUAAAGGGAGGUGUUUUAUAAUACAAUUUAUUGAGCAGCAGGCGGCGCCAGCAUCCCAUACGCAGAAGGAAGUGAAGCAGAAAUCCAAGAUGGCGUCGGCUACACGGCGGAGCGCCUUCUUCAUGGUGUUUGGCGCGCUGGGAGUCGUGCUGGGCGCUAUCGCUGUAGUCUUCUGGCCCGCGCUUUUCUUUGAACAGCUUAAAAAUAUGAUGGUCCUGACGCCCACCUCGACAUCAUUCAACAUCUGGCGCUCGCCGCCCAUCCCGAUGUACCUGGAGUGCUUCAUGUGGAACAUCACCAAUGUGGACGAGAUCCUCGCCAACAAGGACGCCCAGCUCAAGGUCACGCAGCUGGGGCCCUACGUCUACCGGGAGGAGCAUGAGAAGGUUAACCUGACGUGGAACAGCAAUAACACGGUGACGUUCUACAACAAGCGCGUGUGGCACUUCGUCCCGGAGAUGUCCAAUGGGAGCCUCUCAGACAACAUCACCAGCAUCAACCCUAUCGUAGCGACGGUGGCGUACACCCUCCGUCACCAAGGCGAGUUCACGAAGAUCACAGUGAACGCGUUCCUGCGAGCCAUCCACGAGACCCUCUUCCUGACGGCCAACGUGUCUUCGUGGCUGUUCGACGGCAUAGAGGACCCCGUGCUCAACAUCGCCAGCCACUUCCCCAACCUGCCCAUCGUCAUACCCUACGACAAGUUCGGCUGGUUCUAUGAGCGCAACAAGUCGAUAACCUUCGAUGGCGUGUUCCUGAUGAACACGGGGGCCGAAGACUUCAGCCAGCUCGGCAACAUCGAGAAGUGGCAGCACUCGAACCGCACGCAGUACCGCGACCACUGCGGGACCGUGCAGGGCUCCACCGGCGAGCUGUGGGCGCCCGAGAUCGGACAGCCCGAGGUGAUCAUCUUCGCGCCCGAUAUAUGCACGUACAUGAUACUGGCCAAGAACCGCUCAGUGGUUGUGGAAAACAUCGAGGGGGUGGAGUACGCGGCAAAUAGCUCCAUAUUUGACAACGGACAUCGAUACCCGCAUAUGGCAUGUUAUUGCGACAAGGUCCGCGACGAGAACUGCCUGCCUCCGGGCGCGCUCAACGUGUCCGAGUGUCGUUUCGGAGCGCCCGCGUUCGUCUCGCUCCCACACUUCCUCGGCGCAGACCCGCACUACCCCAGCAAGAUACAGGGGCUUGAUCCAAAGCCCGAGCACAACUUCCGCCUCGCCCUGGAGAUGUUCACGGGCAUGCCUCUAUCGGUGUCCGCGCAGCUGCAGAUCAACCUGCUAGUCAGACAUGUGUCAGGCUUUACGGUGAACAACCAGCUGCCGGACGCGGACACGCUGGUGCCCAUGUUCUGGUUUCGGCAGGAGGUGCUGGUGACGCCCGAGUACGCGCGGCUGGCUCGCUUCGCGCUCAACCUGCGAUACGGGGUGCCCUACGGACUCUACGCGCUCACUGCAAUCGGCAUAGCGCUGCUCGUAACAGGUAUAGUGAUACUAGUGAAGAAGCUGAUGCAUUCACCUGACACCGCGCCAAUACUAGAGCAGGACAACUCUAGCCAUUGACGUGGGAAGACCACGGGGUAGCGACACCAUAGGGGCCUUUAUUCAUAGUUGUUUCAAAAGUAACGACGUGGAUAACCAAUAAACAUCCACAUGAAUAUGAACGCGAAAGUAACUGUCUGUCUGUUACCUUUUCACGUUCCCCUGAACCGAUUUAGAUUAAAUUUUAUAUAGAGAGCAUUGGAUAGUUUUUACCCCAGACAUCACGUUUCACGCGCGAUUACCGAAUAACGUAACAUUAUAGCUUAUAUACAUGCAAUCAACCGGAGGCGGUAUGGAGCAUACUCCACCACGCUGCUCCGCUGCGAGGCAUUUGGGAGUUACAAAUGAUCAUAGAAGAAUAAAAAUCUAACAGACAGAUGACAUUCGCUUUCCUGUUACAUGCUAAGAAAAUAAGAUAGAUACAAAAAGAAAGUAUAAAAACAUUGAACCAAUUUCCGUCUUUCUGUAUACUUACUUUUGAAACAACCUUAAUGAUAAUUAUGCUAAGUGUGAUGAUAUAUAUACAAGCUUUAAUUAAUUAAAUAGACAUCACAUCAACAUUGAAAAUAUCAAUUUUACACGCGUCUAGUGUUUCAAAAACGUUAAUUUUAUUUAAUAGAAUGCCCAAUAGAAAAGAAGAAUUCUGUAAAGUAAAAUAUAGUUAGUUGGUGAAGUGUGGGUCUAUCAAAUGAAAUUAAAAAUACUUUAUUGCACACAAACAUUUAUAAAACUUACAGUACUACAUAUGCUUCUGCCUACCCCGUCAAGCUGUUGCUGUGUUAUGUUAAAAUAAAAUAAAAAUUCACCCAACUGGGCACCCACAGGCCUGUUGUCAUAAACGUUGUACCGGGUGAGAGAGAGCCUUCAGCGCUCCCCAUUUAUCCGGCCAAGUAGUUAAUGCCAUCUGCGGCAAAUCUACAAUAAGUCACGUCAAAAAAAAAGUUAAAAUAAAAAAAUAAUACUAACAGGGUCUGGCAGAUUUUUGGAAACUUUUAACGAAGUAAAUAUAUUUUUAACAUUUAAUACCUAAUUGCUUUCAAAAAGUUUUAAAAUAAAUAAAUAAAAGACAUUUUAUAGAACACAUUAUUGUAAUAUUGAGGAACAAGGAUUUAGUCACGUUGUCAUAAUAUGAACUAACGCAACGUCCUAUGAAAACGUCAUUUUUGACAGUUGUUAUAAAUGGAGAAUAUAUGGCAGGGUUGCCAGACCCGAAUUCCCCCAUUUCCUAAAACUACAAAAGAUUAUAUUACAGAAAAAAUAUACCGCCGUAUAAAACAAACAUCCCCGAAGUUGCCAAGUACCACGUCAGACAUUUUUAGAACUGAUCCUGAAUUGGCUGAAAGAAUAAAAAAAAAACAUCGGGAAAUAAUCCCCCAUGUUUUUCCCAUCGUACAUAUUUCCCUAAAACCCCAACAAGAUAUUUUUUCCGAAAUUGAGAAAAACAACCCAAUCUGGCAACCCUGAUAUAUGGAGAUGCCACAAGAUCCUUGUUGACCUCUGUAU